AUGGGCCUGAGUGAAGGUAUAUGGAAGGGAAAUUUAGUGUUGAGUGAAGGGGAGAAGGAUGUCAAGGGGAGAUUGGUGAAACUCACUUUGGAAGAAUGGAUGGGUUUAAGUGCUCCGAGGCGUGUGUGUGAGGUGAAGGAUGGUCGUAUGGAUCACCUCUUGAUCUUACUUCCUUCCC